UUAAAUUACAACUAAAAUUAAGGUCUUCCAAGGAAAUUCAAACAUAGACUUUCAAGAAAUUACAACAUAGACUUUCAAGAAAUUAAAUUACAACUAAAAUUUAAGGUCUUUCAAGGAAAUUGAAGGAGACUAUGAGGGUAAUUAGAUAAUUAUAAAAUAUUUCGGGUGGGUGUAUGAGUUUCGGGUGUGGGUUUGACUGAUACCAAAUUCACACCCAUAUUAUCGGGUGUCACCCGAACCCAAACUCAAACCCAAUCAAAUUGGAUUUCACCCGUUAACUUGAGUUUGAAUUCGGGUAGAUCUCUCGAGUUUGAGUUUUUUUGUCAUCCCUACUUUCAAAUAAGCAAGUCGUUCUUUCUAAGAUGUAAAAAUGAAAAAUAACCAUCUUGUUGUUUCUGACAAAAAAGCGAGAAAUAGAAACAAAGUAAAAAACAUAAAUGUAUAUUUUGUUUGGAUCUUAUCUGUUACUGUUAAAACCCUGCCAGCCCGGCCUUUUGAUUGGGUCUCGAGCCUCUCACGAGCGUCCGUUUUCUCCUCUCUUUCCAUUUUUAUUUAUUUAUUUAUUUAUUUUUUCGUCCUUCUGUCACCUCUUUUUAUUUAUCUUUUUCAAAUAUCCUAAUUUCAAUUAUUUCCACAAGAAAAAAAGAAUUCGGAUAUAUAUCAGUUUUACGGGUAUAUCAUUGUGUUGAUGAAACAAAGCAAAGAAAAAAGUUAGAAACACUAACCAGCAAUAGAACCAACCAGUAUUGAAAAAAAAGUCACAAUCAAAAAACAGAAAAUACUAAUAGAACUUUUGUGUUUGUGUGAGUGUGAGAGAAACCGAAGAAGAAGAAGAAGAUGAAGAGAGAGCAUAAACAAGAACACGAAGAUGCUACCAUGAGUGGUAGUAAAUCAGAGAUUUGUUGGGAAGACGACGGUGGUAUGGAUGAACUUUUAGCUGUGGUUGGUUACAAAGUGAAAUCAUCAGACAUGGCUGAAGUUGCUCAAAAGCUUGAACAACUUGAACAAGCUAUGGGUAAUUUUCAAGACCAAGAUGAAUCAACCAUCGCUCAACAACUCUCAAACGACACCGUUCAUUACAAUCCUUCUGAUAUUUCCAACUGGCUUCAAACUAUGCUUUCCAAUUUUGACCCUCAACCUGAUCCAACCGUUUCAUCUUCUUCCGAUAAUGACCUCAACGCCAUUCCCGGUAAAGCUAUUUACGCCGCCGCUAACACUGUUGUCCCUGUCGUCGAUGAUGAUGAUGAUAAUGAUGAUUUUCCUUCUCCGAAACGAGUUAAACGAACUGACUCAACUCGUCCUGUUGUAAUGGUGGUUGAAACACAAGAAAAAGGGAUUCGUCUUGUUCAUACUUUAAUGGCUUGUGCUGAAGCAGUUGAACAGAACAAUCUAACGGUUGCAGAAGCUUUGGUGAAACAGAUCGGUUACUUAGCUGUGUCACAAGAAGGUGCUAUGAGAAAAGUUGCUACCUAUUUCGCUGAAGGUUUAGCUCGGCGAAUCUACGGUGUAUUUCCACAACAUUCUAUUUCCGAUUCACUUCAGAUCCAUUUCUAUGAAACUUGUCCUUAUCUCAAAUUCGCUCAUUUCACUGCGAAUCAAGCUAUUCUUGAAGCUUUUCAAGGAAAAUCUAGGGUUCAUGUUAUUGAUUUUUCGAUCAAUCAAGGGAUGCAGUGGCCAGCGCUUAUGCAAGCACUUGCUUUACGUCCUGGUGGUCCACCUGCUUUUCGUCUCACCGGAAUUGGUCCACCGGCGUCUGAUAACUCCGAUCAUCUUCAACAAGUUGGUUGGAGACUUGCUCAGUUUGCUCAAACGAUUCAUGUUCAGUUUGAAUAUCGUGGUUUUGUUGCUAAUAGUCUUGCUGAUCUUGAUGCUUCGAUGCUUGAACUCCGUUCACCGGAAACUGAAUCUGUUGCUGUUAACUCUGUUUUUGAGCUUCAUAAACUCAACGCGCGUCCCGGUGCGCUUGAAAAGGUUUUUUCUGUUAUCCGUCAGAUUCGCCCGGAGAUUGUUACCGUUGUUGAACAAGAAGGGAAUCAUAACGGACCGGCUUUUCUAGACCGGUUUACUGAGUCACUUCAUUAUUACUCAACUCUGUUUGACUCGUUGGAAGGUUCAUUGGUUGAACCGCAAGACAAGGCUAUGUCGGAGGUUUAUCUAGGGAAACAAAUCUGCAACGUGGUGGCGUGUGAAGGAACGGACCGGGUUGAACGUCAUGAGACUUUGAACCAGUGGAGGAACCGGUUUAAUUCAGCUGGGUUUUCUCCGGUUCAUUUGGGUUCUAAUGCUUUCAAGCAAGCGAGUAUGUUGUUAGCACUUUUUGCCGGUGGGGAUGGUUACAAGGUGGAAGAGAAUGAUGGUUGUCUUAUGCUUGGUUGGCAUACUAGGCCUUUGAUUGCUACUUCUGCUUGGAAACUCGCCGCCGUUAACUCUGUGGUGGUUUCACACUGAGUCAACUCGUGCACAGUUGUACACCACCCAAUUUUUGUGGAAGAAAAAAAAAAGGAAAAAUUAAUUGAUACCCACAAAAAAAGGAAAAAAAAAAGAUGGGUUCUUUGUGGGGUUGGGUGGACAAUGUGCAAUUGUGCCUUGCUGAGCUGUGAGCACUGAUUGCCUGAGACCAACAGACCCACCAUUGUCCAUUCUCUCUCUUUCCUUAUCUCUUCCUCUUUCUCUCUGUUAAUUUACUUUUUUUUUUUUGUCUACCUUCUCUGUUCAUUGUUUUAACCUUGGGUUGGAAUUGGAAUCUCUUGUAAUUUUUCAGGGUUGAAACUUGAAAUCAAAAGGGUUAAGGUGUAUUUAAUUUAUGUUUUGACAUAAUGUAGUUUGUUUGGUGGUAAUAAUAAAUAGAAUCUUCUUUUAUUUUAAUUGAAAAAA